CCUCUGCUUUUGUAUGAUCAUCGCCCAUCAUUAAACUGCGAGAGUCGAGCAUCCAUCGAGCAUCCAUAAAUCCUUGGCACAUGCACUGGAUAUAAACCUCCCCCCCACCACAGUCCAACCACUACCCCCGCCCCGUCUACCAAAGCACUCAGCAUCAAGAAUGUCACUCAUCAACUUCUACCGCUCCCUCCCCCCGCGCACGCGCGCAAUCCUGGGCGGCGCAGUGGUCGUUUACGCGACGGUGGGGUUGUACGUCAGCGACUUUGCCGAGGAGAAGCUGGGCUUCACGCCCAGUGAGCAGGAGAAGGCGCAGAUCAGCGGGUUGGUUCCUAAAGUGCGGGUUGUCGACCGUGUCGACCGUACGGAGUAAUUGGGGGGCACUGAGAAAUGGGGGGUGGAUGAAGUGGAUGAAAAAGAUGUAUUUACGACAAGAAGUACGUACACAGAUGGAAAGAAGAAGAAGAAGUACGCUGUGGUAACGGUAACUAAAGGCCAAAAAUUGAACUGAACCAGACC